UUUGUCUCACAAACCAAAGUCCCAACCAAUACCUCGCACUUUCCAGGUCCAAUUAGCUUCUGGGGUUGGUUCCAAAGCCCAAUUCUCUCCCUCAUCUCUCUGCCUUCUCUCUCCUCUUUCUCUCUCUAAAAUUCUAGAUUCUCGCGGUUGCGGGGGGUCGGAACUCGGAAGCUCGCCUCCCGAACCUCUUCUAGUGACGGGGAUCGCUUACUGUUCGUGCAAUCUUUCGCCAUGGAUUUUGUAGAUCUGGGCUUAUUUUAGGUGUCUUCCUCCACGAAUCGGCGAAGCCCAAGCGCGAGUCGACCUAGAUCUGGUUUUUCUCUACGACCCGUUUUAGCCCAUUGUUUUGUUGGGAAAGUACUGGUGUUGACCAAGUUCAACGUGGGGCCCGUUACUGGGUUUCAUAAGCAAACUGUGAGGUCCAAGGGGGGUUCUUUUUUGCCACCUGAAGCACGCAUUGACAACUUGAGGAAACAUGGCCACUCCCGAGGAAAACAAUGAACUGGCUCUUGCGGAAAUAACUCCAGAGACACAGCCUAACAAGCGAAGGAAAAAGAAGUCAAUAGUGUGGGAACAUUUCACCAUAGAAACUGUAAGUCCUGGAUGUAGAAGGGCAUGCUGUAAGCAGUGCAAGCAAAGUUUUGCGUAUAGCACAGGCUCAAAGGUAGCAGGUACCAGCCACCUCAAACGUCAUAUUGCCAAGGGAACCUGCCCUUCACUUUUACACAAUAAGGAUAACAAUCAAUUAACACCAUAUACCCCACAUUCUAAGAUGGCUGGAAAUGGCAGUACCUCUGAUCCACCAAAAAGACGCUAUAGAUCUUCUAGCUCACCCUACCUUUCUUUUGAUUCAGACCGUUGCCGCCAUGAAAUUGCUAGGAUGAUUAUCAUGCAUGACUACCCUCUUCACAUGGUUGAACAUCCAGGAUUCAUAACCUUUGUCCAGAAUCUUCAGCCCCGGUUUGGGAUGGUGAGCUUCAAUACUGUUCAAGGGGAUUGUGUUGCCACUUAUCUAAGGGAAAAACAAAGCCUUAUGAAGUUCAUUAAGGGGAUACCUGGACGCAUUUGCCUUACAUUGGACAUGUGGAUGUCAACUCAGAGCUUAGGUUAUGUGUUUGUGAGUGGAUACUUCCUUGAUAAUGAUUGGAAAGUCCAAAGGCGGGUUCUCAAUGUUGUGAUGGAACCAUAUCCUGAUUCUGAUACUGCUCUCAGCCAUGCCGUUGCUUGUUGUCUCUCAGACUGGAGUUUGGAGAACAAGUUGUUUUCGGUAACUUUUAAUCAUCCACUACGUGAUUCUGGGCUUGAAAAUCUUAGGGCGUUGCUUUGUGCCAAGAAUCCGCUCAUUUUUAGUGGUCAGUUAUUGAUUCCACAGUGCAUUGCUCGCACUUUGAGCAGCAUAGCAAAAGAUUUGCUAGGGGAAGGACGUGAAGUUGUCAAGAAAAUCCGGGACAGUAUAAAGUAUGUAAAGACAUCAGAAUCACAUGAAGAGAAGUUUCUUGAGCUCAAGCAGCAGCUUCAGGUCCCCAGUGAAAGUAGCCUGUCUCUCGAUGAUCAAAAGCAGUGGCAUACAACAUAUCAUAUGCUGGUGGCCGCUUCUGAGCUCAAGGAAGUAUUUUCUUGCUUGGAUACUUCCGAUUCUGAUUACCGAGAACCCCCAUCAAUGGAAUACUGGAAGCAGGUUGAAACUAUAUGCACAUACUUGAAGCUCCUCUAUGAUGCGGCGAACAUGCUUACGUCUACAUCUAGUCCAACUGCUAUUUCAUUCUUUCACGAAGUGUGGAAGAUUCAGACAGAGUUGGCUCGUGCUGUUACUAGUGAGGAACCCUUCGUAAGCAGCAUUGCAAAAGUAAUGCAGGAAAAGGUUUAUAAGUAUUUGAAAGAUUGUAGCCUGAUUUUGGCAGUUGCUGUAGUCAUGGAUCCCCGGUUUAAGAUGAGACUUGUUGAGUUCAGUUUCGGCAAGAUAUUUGGAGAAGAAGCUCCUACGUAUAUCAAGAGUGUCGAUGAUGGAAUCCAUGAGCUCUUUCUAGAAUAUGUGGCACUCCCUCUGCCUCUUACCCCAGCCUAUACAGAUGAAGGAAAUGCUGAAAACAAUGGGAGGGGCGAGGGGACUCUGCUGUCAGAUCAUGGAUUAAUGGAUUUUGAUGUUUACAUCAUGGAAACUACUAGCCAACAGAUGAAAUCGGAGCUAGACCAGUAUUUGGAGGAGUCUUUGUUGCCUCGGGUCCAAGAGUUUGAUGUGUUAGGUUGGUGGAAACUGAAUAGGCUGAAGUACCCAACUCUUUCAAAGAUGGCUCGCGACAUCUUAACGGUUCCAGUGUCAACUGCUGCCCCCGACUCUGUAUUCGAUACCAUGGAUAAAGAGCUGGACCAGUACUUGAGUUCCUUGCGACCAGAGACAGUGGAAGCCCUUGUAUGCGCAAAGGAUUGGCUUCAGAAUGGAUCACCGGAAGCCCCGAGUGCACUUGUGAAAAUAGAAUAUUAGAUGUAUAAUGCGAUGCUCAUCAUGGUAGGGUUGCUUGUUUGUAACUUUUAGCAUUUCAGUUAACCAAUUAGUUUAUCAUUUGUACUGUUCGAAAGACUUAAUAGAUUGCUUGGACGUGAGACUUGAUUAGCUUUGAUCGACGAUGUACAAUUAACUGCCCUGGGACAAGUUUAUUUGUAACUUUGAUUAUGGUGUUGUAAUUUUCUGCUUAGGGGUUUAUUUGUAACUUGAUUAGCUU